GACGUGCGCGUUCACGUUGACCUCACGCUCGCGCGCGCCCGGCAGCUAGGCGCUGUGGUUUCUGGGCCCCCCGGGACCCGCGACACAGACCAGCCUGAAGGGCGCGCGCCCACUUCAGGCGGGUGUUCGGUGGGUGGCGAAUGCCUGCCCGCAACCCGAGGGGGCAUUAGGGGGCCCCGGGCCGUGCUGCAGAGAGGCUCAAGAGGCUCGGAGAACCAGGCUAGAGUUCACAUUUACCAAGAAAACUUGAAAAUGAGCAGCCGACGGAAACGUGCUCUUCCCGUGAAGAUAGAUGAAGAAAAGCAACAGCAGCUCCGUUGGAAUAUGCAUGAGGACAGAAGAAAUGAGCCUCUCCUCUUAACUGAUGAUGAGCACUCCUGCCCCUGUUCAGACUCCUCUUCUGCUCAUUGCGUCAUCCUAGAUGAUAGUGUACAGGAAGAAGUGGCUCCUAGGGAUAAGAAGAGGUGUUCAGAGGCAGUGAGUGGCUCAAAAUCAGUCGAUAGAGAAGAGACUGGGGGCACUUCUUCCCCUUUGUCUGUAAAGCUGAAUAUUGUGAUUUCUCCCCAUCACUUCGAUAAUUCUUGGAAAGCAUUUCUAGGAGAAUUAACUCUCCAGCUUCUUCCUGAACAGAGUUUAAUUGAAAAUUUUUCUGAGAGGAGUUUUACACUGAUGAGUUCAGAGUCAAGCGAUCAGUUCCUGAUCUGUGUUCAUUCAGAAUGCAAAGAUGGAGAGAAACAAGAAAAAGGACUUAAUGAGCCGAUCGGUAUUUGUAACAGGGGUAUUCGAGUGGAAUCAUCCUUCAGCGGUGAAAUGUUAGAAGAUUUGGGGUGGCUGCAAAAGAAGAGAAGAAUAAAACUUUACCAAAAACCAGAAGGAAGUCACAUUAUCAAGGUUGGAAUUUAUCUUUUGGAAUAUGGCCUAGCGAAACUAGACUUUUUAAGUGAUGCAAAUUCAAGAAUGAAAAAGUUCAAUCAACUCAUGAAGAGAGUGAUGGAGAAGUUAUACAAUUUUAUUAUUCCAGAUGUGUUAGAAGAGGUUGAGGAAGAUUCCGAGAGCGAGCCAGAGGGACAGGAUGUUGAUGAGCUCUAUCACUUCGUGAAGCAAGCACAUCAGCAAGAAACACAGUCCAUCCAAGUGGAUGUCCAGCAUCCUGCCUUGACUCCUGUGUUGAGACCAUACCAAAGAGAGGCUGUCAAUUGGAUGCUGCAGCAAGAGCGUUUCAGAAGCACUCCUGCCAGUGAAAAUGCCCUGCACUUCUUAUGGCGAGAGAUUGUUACACCUGAUGGUUUGAAACUCUACUACAAUCCGUAUACAGGCUGCAUCAUCCGCGAGUACCCAAGUGCUGGGCCACAGUUGCUUGGAGGAAUCUUAGCAGAUGAGAUGGGUCUCGGCAAGACGGUGGAGGUGUUGGCUCUGAUUCUGACACACACUCGACAAGAUGUCAAACAAGAUGCUCCCACUCUCCCUGAGGGAAAAGUGGUGAAUUACUUCAUUCCAUCACAUCAAUCUGGAGGAAAAAUAAAAAACACGGAAACCCAGAAUAUGGAAUUUGAACCAAAAGAAAAAGUUCAGUGCCCCCCUACACGUGUGAUGAUCCUGACUGCUGUGAAAGAAAUGAAUGGAAAAAAAGGAGUUUCUAUCCUUUCCAUCUAUAAGUAUGUCAGUUCUAUAUAUAGAUAUGAUGUUCAGCGGAACAGGAGUCUUCUGAAACGGAUGCUGAAAUGUUUAAUUUUUGAAGGUCUUGUGAAACAGAUCAAAGGCCAUGGUUUUUCGGGGACUUUUACAUUGGGGAAGAAUUAUAAGGAAGAGGAUAUAUAUGAUAAAACAAAAAAGCAGGUAAUAGGGAGUCCAAGGAAAAUUCAGAAAGAGUCAAGAAAAUCGGGGAGCAAGGACACAGAUUCUGAAUACUUGCCAUCAAACACCUCUGAUGAUGAUGAUGAUGAUCCUUACUAUUAUUACUGUAAGACCAGGAGAAAUCGUAGUAAAUUGAGGAAAAAGCCUAUUCCAACCACAAAAAAGGGAAAAAGUCAGUAUAACGUCAAUCUCAACUCACAAGGUCACUGUCCAGCUGCCAGUGACUCUGGAAUUCCUGAUGUUACCACAUCUAGUGGUACAUGUGUCUUUGAAGGCAAACAAGAACAUGAAGCAAAGGACCAAGCUGAAUCUCUAAACCCGGCUGGUGGUGAUGUCCCACUUUCUAACGUCACGAGUCCCUAUAAUUCCUCGGAUUAUCGCUUUGAGUGCAUAUGUGGUGAAUUUGACCAAAUAGACCAUAAGCCUCGUGUUCAGUGCCUGAAAUGCCACCUGUGGCAACACGCAAAAUGUGUGAAUUAUGAAGAGAAGAAUCUGAAGAUUAAGCCUUUUUACUGCCCCCACUGCCUUGUCGCGAUGGAGCCAGUGUCCACAAGAGCAACUCUGAUCAUCUCCCCCAGCUCCAUCUGUCAUCAGUGGGUGGAUGAGAUCAACAGGCAUGUGAGGUCGUCAUCUCUUCGAGUCUUGGUAUAUCAAGGAGUGAAGAAAGAUGGCUUUUUACAGCCUCAUUUUUUGGCGGAACAGGAUAUAGUUAUCAUUACCUAUGACGUCCUUCGUUCAGAACUAAACUAUGUAGAUAUCCCACACAGCAAUAGUGAGGAUGGGCGUCGCUUCCGGAACCAGAAGCGCUACAUGGCCAUUCCCAGCCCUCUGGUAGCUGUGGAGUGGUGGAGGAUCUGCCUGGAUGAAGCUCAGAUGGUCGAAUGUCCUGCUGUCAAAGCUGCAGAAAUGGCUCAGCGCUUGAGUGGGAUUAAUCGCUGGUGCAUCAGUGGCACUCCAGUACAGAGAGGACUGGAGGAUCUUUUUGGGUUAGUGGUCUUUCUCGGUAUUGAGCCUUACUGUGUCAGACACUGGUGGGUUCGCCUUCUCUAUCGCCCUUACUGCAAGACGAAUCCUCAGCUCCUCUACAGCUUUAUUGCCAAGAUACUCUGGAGGUCUGCAAAGAAAGAUGUGAUUGACCAAAUCCAGAUACCCCCUCAGACAGAAGAAAUACACUGGCUCCACUUCUCUCCGGUGGAAAGACAUUUCUAUCACCGUCAGCAUGAGGUGUGCUGCCAGGAUGCAGUAGUAAAACUCAGGAAGAUUUCCGACUGGGCUCUCAAGCUCAGCAGCCUGGACCGGAGGACUGUCACCUCCAUCCUGUAUCCGUUGCUGCGGCUCAGGCAGGCCUGCUGCCACCCACAGGCCGUCCGCGGGGAGUUCUUGCCCCUGCAAAAAAGCACCAUGACAAUGGAAGAGCUGCUGACGUCUCUGCAGAAGAAAUGUGGCACUGAGUGUGAAGAAGCGCAUCGGCAGCUAGUCUGUGCUCUCAAUGGCUUAGCGGGCAUCCACAUCAUUAAAGGUGAGUAUGCCUUGGCAGCAGAACUGUACAGAGAAGUGUUACGUUCAUCUGAGGAACACAAGGCGAAACUCAAAACCGAUUCACUGCAAAGACUUCAUGCUACCCAUAACUUGAUGGAAUUGUUGGUCGCCAAGCAUCCAGGGAUACCUCCUACCUUGCGAGAUGGCAGGCUUGAGGAAGAGGCCCAGCAGCUGCGGGAGCAUUACAUGAGCAAGUGUAACGCGGAAGUCGCCGAAGCGCAGCAGGCUCUGCUGCCCGUACAGCAGGCCGUGCGUGAGCUCCAGAGAAAGAUAUAUUCUAAUUCUCCUUGGUGGCUGAAUGUGAUCCACAGAGCAAUAGAAUUUGCUAUUGAUGAGGAGCUUGUUCAACGGGUGCGAAAUGAAAUAACCAGCAACUACAAGCAACAAACUGGCAAGCUUUCUAUGUCAGAGAAGUUCCACGACUGCAGAGGUCUUCAGUUCUUACUUACAACACACAUGGAAGAGCUGAGUAAAUUCCAGAAGCUCGUCAGAGAGUCUGUGCAAAAGCUGGAGGGACCCCCGUCCCGGAAUGUUAUCGAGUCUGCAACAGUCUGCCACCUCCGGCCAGCCAGACUUCCUCUCAACUGCUGUGUCUUUUGUAAGGCUGAUGAACUGUUCACAGAGUAUGAGUCGAAGCUAUUUUCUCACACAGUCAAAGGCCAGACUGCAAUAUUUGAGGAGAUGAUAGAAGAUGAAGAAGGACUGGUGGAUGAUCGAAUACCUACCACCAACCGGGGUCUGUGGGCAGUAAGUGAGACAGAGCGAUCUAUGAAAGCGCUGCUGUCGUUUGCAAAGUCACAUAGAUUUGAUGUUGAGUUCAUUGAUGAAGGAAGUGCUUCAAUGGAUCUCUUUGAAGCUUGGAAGAAGGAGUAUAAGUUGCUUCAUGAGUAUUGGAUGGCUCUGCGGAAUCGUGUCUCUGCUGUUGAUGAACUUGCAAUGGCUACAGAACGAUUUCGAGUGCGUGAUCCGAGGGAGCCAAAGCCCACUCCACCCGUUCUUCACAUCAUUGAACCACACGAGGUAGAACAAAAUCGCAUAAAGCUACUCAACGAUAAAGCGGUUGCCACAUCACAGCUUCAGAAGAAGCUCGGGCAGCUUCUUUACCUAACUAACUUGGAGAAGUCUCAAGACAAAACGUCAGGAGGUAUUAAUCCAGAACCUUGUCCAAUCUGUGCUCGGCAGCUGGGAAAACAGUGGGCAGUACUGACCUGUGGGCACUGUUUCUGUAAUGAAUGCGUUUCAAUUAUUAUUGAGCAGUACAGCGUGGGGUCUCACAGAAGCUCCAUUAAGUGUGCCAUCUGCCGCCAGAACACAUCUCACAAAGAAAUCUCGUAUGUCUUCACCUCAGAGAAAGCCAGCCAGGAGGAGGACAUCCCUGUGAAGGGCAGCCAUUCUACGAAAGUGGAAGCUGUGGUCAGAACUCUGAUGAGAAUCCAGCGUAGAGAUCCGGGGGCUAAAGCCCUGGUGUUCUCGACGUGGCAAGAUGUAUUAGAUAUCAUAUCAAAGGCUCUCACUGACAACAACGUGGAGUUUGCACAGAUCAGUCGUGUGAAAACGUUUCAGGAGAACCUUUCAGCAUUUAAAUAUGAUCCCCAAAUCAAUAUUUUGCUGCUGCCCCUGCACACAGGUUCUAAUGGAUUAACUAUCAUUGAAGCGACUCACGUUCUCUUGGUGGAGCCCAUUUUGAACCCUGCCCAUGAGCUUCAGGCCAUAGGAAGGGUGCACCGAAUUGGACAAACAAAACCUACUAUUGUACACAGAUUCUUAAUUAAAGCAACAAUAGAAGAAAGAAUGCAGGCAAUGCUGAAAACUGCUGAGAGGAGUCACACGAAUUCGUCGGCGAAGCGCUCAGAGGCCUCCGUCCUGACCGUGGCUGAUCUGGCAGACCUGUUUACCAAAGAGACCGAAGAGCUUGAGUGAAGUGCCCCUGAUGCAAUCCACAGAAUGAUGUAUUUAAAACUUUCAUAGCUUCUAGAGCAAAGUUAUAAGACAAAAAUCCAGUGGAUGUCAGUCAGCACUGUCCUUGGUUGAGUGAAUUUCUCUUUUUCAGUUGUACAAUGUCCUAGUCGUUAUUAGGUCCUUUUCAAUAUAGUUUCCAAAAGAUCUAUAAAGAUUUUUAAUUUUACACUCCUAGUAAAACAUUUAUUUUUGUUCCAAAGAAUAUCUAUAUCUGAGAGAAUUAAGAGAGGUAACAUGUACUUUUCUUUUGAUAAGAUCAGUCUUAAAAAGAGUGGGAAUAAGAGAAAGUAAACUAGCCUAGUUUAUAUGACCUCGUGUAUUUAACCAACA